AUGGCGUGUUGUGACAUCCCAGGAGACCGCCCCCCUGCCUUUCCCCCCUGCCUCUCCCCCCUGCCUCUCCUCUCGUCUCUCCUGCCUCUCCUCUCGUCCCCCCUGCCUCUCCUCUCGUCCCCCCUGCCUCUCCUCUCGUCCCCCCUGCCUCUCCCCCCUGCCUCUCCUCUCGUCCCCCCUGCCUCUCCUCUCGUCCCCCCUGCCUCUCCCCCCUGCCUCUCCUCUCGUCCCCCCUGCCUCUCCUCUCGUCCCCCUGCCUCUCCCCCCUGCCUCUCCUCUCGUCCCCCCUGCCUCUCCUCUCGUCCCCCUGCCUCUCCCCCCUGCCUCUCCUCUCGUCGCCCCUGCCUCUCCCCCCUGCCUCUCCUCUCGUCCCCCUGCCUCUCCUCUCGUCCCCCCUGCCUCUCCUCUCGUCCCCCCUGCCUCUCCUCUCGUCCCCCCUGCCUCUCCUCUCGUCCUCCCUGCCUCUCCCCCCUGCCUCACACCUCGUCCUCUCGUCUCUCCCCUCGUCCUCCCUGCCUCUCCCCUGAUCUCCCCUGCCCUCCUCUUAUCUGGCACCCGUCCUGCCGCUAA